UCUGCCCGUCAAGCAUUAUUUAUUGUGUCAUAAUAUUAAACUGCUUUAUGGUAGUGCAUCUGUACAGCUGAUAAAGGCUAUAAGGCUGGAUGUACUGACAAGAUGUUCCAUGCUGAGUUUCACACUGGACUCAUAAUAAUAUGUUUCAUCAACUCUGCCUUUGCCACAUUUCAUCCCUUGGCAGAAAUAGAAGACACUCUGCUACGGAAUUUAUUUGCUGGCUAUCAAAAAUGGAUCAGGCCUGUGCAAAAUCCUAACACCACAAUUACAGUCAAUUUUGGUUUAAAAAUAUCUCAGCUUGUUGAUGUGGAUGAAAAAAAACAGUUGAUGACGACAAACGUUUGGCUAAGACAGGAAUGGGUGGACUUUAAGUUGAAAUGGAAUCCUAAAGAUUACGGUGGAAUUACCUACAUCAGGGUUCCGUCUGAAACACUGUGGCUUCCUGACAUUGUUCUAUUUGAAAAUGCAGAUGGGCGUUUUGAAGGAUCCCUUAUGACUAAAGCCAUAAUAAGAUAUGAUGGUACCGUGAUAUGGACUCCACCAGCGAGCUAUAAAAGUUCCUGUACAAUGGAUGUAACUUUUUUUCCAUUUGACCGUCAGAACUGUUCAAUGAAAUUUGGAUCGUGGACUUAUGAUGGGAAUAUGGUUGACCUCAUUCUUCUGGAUGCAAAUGUAGACAGGAAAGAUUUCUUUGAUAAUGGAGAAUGGGACAUUUUAAACGCUACAGGACAGAAAGGAAUGAGAAAAGAUGGCAUUUACUCCUAUCCACAUAUCACAUAUUCUUUUGUCUUGAGACGUCUUCCGUUGUUUUAUACGCUUUUCCUUAUAGUUCCUUGCCUUGGGCUAUCUUUCUUGACUGUUCUUGUGUUUUACUUGCCAUCUGAUGAAGGAGAAAAGUUGUCAUUGUCCACAUCUGUCCUGGUUUCACUUACAGUUUUCUUACUUGUUAUUGAAGAAAUAAUCCCAUCAUCUUCUAAGGUAAUUCCACUAAUCGGAGAGUACCUCUUAUUUAUCAUGAUAUUUGUAACCUUAUCUAUUAUUGUUACCGUAUUUGUCAUUAAUGUUCAUCAUCGUUCCUCCGCCACAUAUCAUCCAAUGGCUCCCUGGGUGAAAGGACUUUUCUUACAAAAGCUUCCUAAACUGCUCUGUAUGAAAGGCCAAGUUGAUCGUUUUUCCUUCUUGAAUUCAGAGACUAGUACCCAACAAGCAAAAACAAAAGUAUCCAGCAAACGAAAACUGAUACAAGCAAACGACGGGGAAAAAUUAUUGAUUGCAUUCUUGGAGAAAGCAUCUGAUUCUAUUAAAUAUAUAUCAACUCAUGUAAAAAAGGAGCAUUUUAUUAGAAAGGUGGUGCAAGACUGGAAAUUUGUUGCUCAAGUUCUGGAUCGCAUUUUCCUUUGGCUGUUUCUGACAGUGUCUAUUACAGGAUCGGUUCUGAUAUUUACCCCUGCUCUAAGGAUGUGGGUAACCAGCAGCUAUGUUUAA